UGCAGAGGGCGAGCCGGGGGAACGUUAGACUCUGUGAGGGAGAGGCUCCUGACUGACUGCUUCUACCUGCUCGGCUGCUUUAAUGACAGGCAGCAAACUGGUUCAGGAGGACAAACAAAUCACUGGGACAAACCUCAGCAGGCAAACUGGAUUUGAGGAAGAGUUGUAGAGAAAUAUGGAGCAAUCAUCAACAUCUGAGCAGCACAUAAAUAUGUUAAAAUGAAGAAAGUGAGGUGAUGUAAAACAUGGAGCAGGUUGUAACAGAGUCUUUGUCUGUAAAUGAGGAACAAAGUUCACAUUCACAGCGCCGCUCCUCCUCCAGGAAUGACGUACAGCUUGAUAAGCCCCUCCCUCUUCCUCCUGCUCUCAAACACAGGCGGCUGCACUCUGUCCACACACUUCCUGGUUCCCUCCCACUAGAGCUGACACGCCCCGUUCACUGAACGUCACAUGUUGUUCACAUCAGAAGUCAAAGCAGAGUCGCUUCUGAGGAAGUGAAACUCAGACAGUCGUUGCUCCUGAGAGGUGAAAUGGAGUAGAAAGGAGUUCAGCCUCGAAUCUUCGGCCCGGUGUGUGUGUGUGUGUGUGUGUGUGUGUGUGUGUGUGUGUGUUCCUUCUUCUUCUUGUUGUUGAAGUUGUCCCCGAGGAGGAGAGGCGGCUGUUGGACCUUGAACGCAUCUUCCCAGCUUCCAGUGAGUGAACGCAACGCGGGGGAGCCGAAAGAAACAUGAAUCCAACUUUGAACAACCAAAACAUGAACAAGGGCGACACGCUCCUCCUCCAUGAAUGAAGUACAGCUUGAUAAGCCCCUCCCUCUUCCUCCUGCUCUCAAACACAGGCGGCUGCACUCUGUCCACACACUUCCUGGUUCCCUCCCACUAGAGCUGACACGCCCCGUUCACUGAACCGUCACAUGUUGUUCACAUCAGAAGUCAAAGCAGAGUCGCUUCUGAGGAAGUGAAACUCAGACAGUCGUUGCUCCUGAGAGGUGAAAUGGAGCAGAAAGGAGUUCAGCUGGAUCGGGAAACCUUCUCUUGUUCCAUCUGUCUGGAUCUCCUGAAGGAUCCGGUGGCUAUUCCCUGUGGACACAGCUACUGCAUGAACUGUAUUAAAGCCCACUGGGAGGAAGAGGAGGGGAAGAAACUCCUCAGCUGCCCUCAGUGUAGGCAGACCUUCACACGGAGGCCUGUCCUGCUGAAGAACACCAUGUUGGCAGCUCUAGUGGAGCAGCUGAAGAAGACUGGACUCCAAGCUGCUCCUGCUGACCACUGCUAUGCUGGAGCUGAAGAUGUGGCCUGUGAUGUCUGCACUGGGAGGAGACUGAAGGCCUUCAAGUCCUGUCUGCAAUGUGUGGUCUCCUUAUGUGAGAAACACCUCCAGCCUCAUUAUGAUGCACCUGCAUAUGAGAAACACAAGCUGGUGGAGCCCUCCAACCAGCUCCAGGAGAACAUCUGCUCUCGUCAUAAAGAGGAGAUGAAGAUCUUCUGCCGUACUGAUCAGCAGUGUAUCUGUUACCUCUGCUUAAUGGAUGAACAUAAAGGCCACGACACAGUCUCAGCUGCAGCAGAAAGGACCGAGAGGCAGAGAGAGCUGGAGGGGAGUCGACUCGACAUCCAGCAGAGAAUCCAGGACCGAGAGAAAGACCUGAAGCUGCUCCAUCAGGAGGUGGAGGCCCUCAACCUCUCUGCUGAUAAAACAGUGGAGGACAGUGAGAAGAUCUUCACUGAGCUGAUCCGGCUCAUGGAGAACAGAAGCUCUGACGUGAAGCAGCAGGUCAGAUCCCGGCAGAGAACUGAAGUGAGUCGAGUCCAAGAGCUUCAGGAGAAGCUGGAGCAGGAGAUCACUGAGCUGAAGAGGAACGAGGCUGAGCUGAAGCUGCUGUCACACACAGAGGAUCUCAAGCAGUUUCUCCUCCACUACCCCUCACUGUCACCACGCGCUGAGUCUACACACUCGUCCGGCAUCGAUAUCCGUCCUCUGAGACACUUUGAGGACGUGACGGCGGCUGUGUCAGAAGUCAGAGAUAAACUACAGGACGUUCUGGGGGACAAGUGGACAAACGUCUCACUGGCAGUGACUGAAGUGGACGUUUUACUGUCUCCUUCACAAGCAGAGCCCGAGACCAGAGCUGGAUUCUUAAGGUAUUCAUGUGACAUCACUCUGGAUCCAAACACAGCACACACACAGCUGUUAUUAUCUGAUGGGAACAGAAAAGCAACAUUAAUGAGAGAAGAUCAGUCUUAUUCUAGUCACUCAGACAGGUUCAAUCCAUGGUGUCAGGUCCUGAGUAGAGAGAGUCUGACUGGACGUUGUUACUGGGAGGUGAAGUGGAGAGGAGGAGUUCAUGUAGCCGUCUCAUACAAGAAUAUCAGCAGAACAGGGAGAGGGGAUGAAUGUGGGUUUGGAUACAAUAAUAAAUCGUGGGCGUUACUUUGUGUCAAUAACAGUUUUACAUUUUAUCACAACAAUGUCCCAACUCCCGUCUCUGGUCCUCGGUCCUCCAGAUUAGGAGUGUACCUGGAUCACAGAGCAGGUGUUCUGUCCUUCUACAGCGUCUCUGACACCAUGACUCUCCUCCACAGAGUCCAGACCACAUUCACUCAGCCUCUCUAUGCUGGACUUGGGUUUUAUUCUCCUGGAGACACUGCUGAGUUCAGUAAACUCAAAUAGACAGAAGUAAGUUCAGGGACAUCUGGUUAAAGUCUGUGUUUUAAGUCUGAAACUUAUUUUGUUUCCAUCAUCGUCUCUGAGCAGACUUUUCUUCACCUGUCAAUCAAACCUUGUGGGCGGGACUUGUCUAUCUUCUCCUUGUUGUUGUGUAGGUGUCUGAGUUCCUGUAGGUGGCGCUCCUUCCUGUGUGUGUUGAGUCAUGGAGGCUCUCACUGCUCAUGAUGCUCUUUGUUGACCUGAACUCAUAUUUAUCUGCAGGGAAAUGUAAAAUGCUCUGAGCUCUAAAUGUUUGAUGAAUAUUGUUAUUGAUGUAUUCUUUAAUUUAAGUUUCUCUUCCUCUGCAUGGGUCUUAAAGAGAGAAAGCACCAGAGCUUCUUUAUCGGAGAUAUUUUGUUCUUAGAACUUCAUGCAAAUUAUUCUAAUUAUACAUUUGUGAGACUAAAUGUUGUUGUUGUUUUCCCAAUCAACGUACAAAUGAUGUACUGUGUUGCAUUAUGAAAUAAAGUAUCACAAUCAAUCAGUAAA